AUGCACAGGAUAAGGUCAUGUCGAUGGCGUGAGUUAAGGUCAUUUGGCUGGGGCGUCCAGCCGCUGCUGCAAAAUGCCCGACAACCGCGCCUGGUUCAGGUCAAUGAGGCUGCUGCACUCGCACGCAGCUACCACAGUCCCGCAGACGAUUCAGAUCACCCCAAGUCUAAUUUGUCAAGACCCAGACGGCUGCCUUAUGACUGGGAGGAACAAAAACCAGUGACUGAAGAGCCAAGAUCGGUGGUCGAGGAGCAAAGACGAUUGUUUGAGGAGCAAAGCCCAGCGGCGGAAGAGCAAAAAGAUGUGGUGAAGGGACUCCGGCCAAGACCCACGAAACCCCGUUAUGGCAAGGUCUAUGGGAGAGCCCAUGAGACGUCAAAGCCUCCAGAGAAAUCCAAGAACCCAUCCAAGUCGCGACAGCGGCAUCAAGGUCUGAAAGGUAUCAGGGUGGCCAAGGAAUUAUCAUCAGACUUCAUCUGCUUUAGGGAGGGCUCUGACAAACCCGCGCCGAUCACCCCCGAGGAUGAUACAAUGCUGUCCACAGCCCAGCAGUAUUUUGGUGAGGCUUACCAAGAGCUCUACUCUGCAUCUAGGCUGAGUGAGCAUGCUAUUAACACGGCUGUCCCGGAGGUUGCACUCAUUGGUGCCAUGGGAACUCGAAAGGCCACAUUCAUCAACGGUCUGUUUGGACUCCCCGAUAACUACGGUGUUGGCUCCUUGCAUGAUGAGGUUAUCAAGAUGAGUAUGUACGGGGUCAAUUUCCCCGUCGGAUGCCAGCACGGGAAAGACCUACCCAUCAUGCUAAGACCGCCGAACGGGUUCAUUCUCGCGGACACCCCUGAAUACACCCUCAUCAAGCGUCCUUCCUGGGGUAAAGAGGUUGUGAAUUACCUGGAAAAGCGGGAGAACCUCAAGGGCGCCAUCCUCCUCCUCUCACUAUCGAAGCCCUUUCGCGAGGUGGACAGGUGGGUGCUGCGCCAUCUCGCCCACAAAGGGGUCAACACGAGCGUUAUCCUCACAGGGGCACAGUAUUUCCCCAAAAGGUGGGAAGAAGUAGCCGCACACCUCGCUCGGCGGGUUCGUCAGGAGAUGAUUAGCCUCGACUUACGGCUUGACAACGGAUGGGUUAGAAAUAAUGGAUGGAUGCCGGACAUACAUGUCGUGGCUCCAGGGAUGGAGUUCCAGCCCAGUAUUGGCAACGGAGGCGGAUUGGGAGGCGCCCGAAAAGCAAUCUUGGAGCUGGCCGGGUUCGAUCUGACCAAGCCCUUCCAGAAGGACACUUCUGUCAGAGGUCACCUUGACCAUGUUGCAUCAUUUAAUACUCCAGAAGCAUGA